AUAAAAUCGUACUAGAUAUCCAACUGUUUUGUUUUGUAUUUCAGGCUGGUUUUAAAAAGUUUUUAUGACGUGGAAAUUAAUUAUAACUGUUUGCCUUUGUGUCCCUGUGUUUUGUCUCUUAAUUAGUAUGGCGGAAGGUGGCAGUGCAAAAAGUGCAUGUAGCUUUGACAUGUUUGGUGGAGACUUUAGUGCAUACAUGGCAUGUAAAACACAGUUUGCUCUGCAGUCUAACUGGUGGCCAUCUCCUAUAGCAGGUUUACUCAGUUUCCAGGCAUGGAAUAGUUUAAGUGCAUUUUGGGAGAAUGGAAUUAUCCUAGAAACGUACGCAAACUUUGUGGCAUUUGUUGGAAACAACACCAGAUUUAAAGGCAUAAUAAAAUCAUCUAACCGUAAUUUAUCGUCUUUGAAGCAGGCUUAUGGGCCUAUCCCAUCCUUUGAUGAUAUGGCAUGGUAUGCGCUUAGUUUUGCCCGAAUUUACGAAAUUUUUGGGUGGAAUGAAUUUCUUACUAAUAGUGUGGAUGUCUUUGACUGGCUUUGGAGGACAGCCUGGGAUUCCAAUGGAACUUGUGGAGGGGGAAUGUGGUGGAAUAAUGGAUAUCGACAAAAGGUGACAAUAACUAAUACAAUUAGUCUUCUGGCGGCAGGAAAACUUUAUCGUUUUACGAACGACACUAAAUACCUUCAUCAAAUGCAUGAAAUAUGGAAUUAUCUUCUACGAAAUGGAAUAGUCGACAAUUUAACAUAUUUGAUACAUGAUGGUCCUACGCCUAACUGUACCGGGAAUAAUUUUAUUGGACCUACCUAUUUAGGCGGCACGGUAAUUGGAGGUUUAGUAGAGUUCUACAAAAUAUACAAAAACGAUACUUAUUUAGAUCUUGCAAACAAAAUAGCACACGCUGAAAUCCAAAAUUCCACGAACAAGUCAUCAGGAAUUCUUACUGAAUAUUGCGAACCUCAUUGUAAUGACGAUCAGAAAGUAUUUAAGGGGAUAUUCGUCCGGAAUUUACGAUAUUUAAUUGACGCACUGCGUGAUGGGAAACAGAAAGAGGAAUACCAGAGAUAUUUAGACCAUAACGUGGGAGGAAUUAUACAGCAUAGUGUAUGUGAAAAACAUCCAAUUCAAAACUGUAAUAUUGUAUUCCAAUAUGGACCUCCAUAUUACAACGAAUCAGGUCCUGUGUUUGCGCACAACUGGAAUGGACCCUUCAUAAGUGGCUCGCCAAUGCAGCAGAUCGCAGCUUUAGACUUGUUCAUUUCUGCCAUAAAACCAGGAACAACAUGUAAUGGGGAAUUUUGCGACUUUAAUCCGUACUACCCUCCCCCUCAACCAUUGACCUGUAAUGAAAAACCAUGUCCCCGGGACCAACCAUGCUGUAAUUAUACUCCUUUUCAAUCGUAUACAUGUUGUGGUUCUAACCAGAAAUGUGUCAGUGGAAUUUGUACAUAGAAUAUUAUUAUGAAAAAGAUAUGUCUCGAUGAACACUAACGUAUGAAAGUAGGUUUAGUUCAAACGACACGUGUUCAUCAAUUACUUAUUAGACAAAACUGUAAAUCUAAAAUAGAUGAGAACGUUUACACCAAAAGGGUCUAAGCAUUGUAACUAAAAAACGAGAGUCGACAUGUAUCAUUUAUAUCACAGUGGCUGAACCUGGCAGAAUGGAAAAUAGAAAAUUGGAUUUUUACCUGGCACUUUGACAUUGGUAUUUAAAAUUGCUUCUUUGCAUAUUGAGGUGUUUGUGGGAUGACUUCCAAGACACACCAACAUAUUUUAGUCACAGACGAAUCAUGACUUCUGGAAUUAUUUAGUUGGUAUUUGGUUGUUUCUGUGAUAGAACAUACUUGCUUGGCUCAUAGCACAUAACUACAUUAUGCAAUUAGUGUACUUAGUACACGGACUUAUUUUAGGACUUUGAAUUUGGAAUUUGAAUGUCGCAGUCCAUUAACAACAUUAAAAUGCCGACUUGGAGCGACAAGUUUCUGUCUGGAAAUAUUUUUUAGCAUAAUAUCUAUAAGAAAAAAUCCAUACUCUUCUGCAAUGUUGCUCGACCCCUUUUAAAAAUCAUGAAUCCGCGACAUGAAAAUCAUAAGCAACCUUGUCGACAUCUUUGUGUGGUUGUUCCAAGCAAGAAAUCCAAAAUCCAAUGGCUGUAAAUGGUUGAUGUUCGCAAUGUUAGUGUUUUGUCUUUAAAAGCAAUGUUCGCGGAAAGGGCUCUACUUAUCAUUGAAGUCGUACACAAGCACAACACAAUAGCAUUCUUUUGACAAUGGUUGUAUUGAAAAUUAAUUGCUUAAUUGUUUUUGCGGAAACUAAUUAAAAUGAAUUUAAUGUUAACAUGGUUUUGUAAAAAAAACUAAAAAAAACCCAAAAUGCAUCUACAGUACCAAGAAAAUAUACAUAGCUUAAAAGUAUAUUUGUUCUAUUAGACAGAGUUACUAUUAUGGUUUUAUAAAAAAUAAAAUAUAUUGUGAAAUGUAAAAUUAAACUGUCAUAUAGAUUUGUGCUAUUUGAUAAAAGUGUUUUAUUUGUUUAUAGUCUUGUAUAUAGGACAUUUUGAUAAUAAGCACGUGAUUUUUUGAU